AUGUCACACCCAGGUCCACUUCGAGUACUAGUAAUCGUCUCGCAGCGAAGCUCUCUGUACGCUACAGCCCGCGACUCUCCCGAUGAACUGAUUCCUUUAGCCACUCGUCUGCUAAAGAGGAACGCCUUGCGGAAAGCGUCCGACCCGAGCGAGACAAGACUUCUCGCAGUCCAGAAAUGGAGAAGUCGCACCUUCCUGGUCUUCGAUAUCGCCAAUAGCGAUUACGACGCAAUGCUGGGACAUCUCCCUGAGCACAAUCAACUCCCGGUGGUCGUCACGCACUUCAGCAAGAAGAAAAGCGCAUAUGUUGCAAACCCGUGGGUGUCACGGAGAGUCAACCAUGACAUCGCGAUGCUUCACAAUGCCAACGGCUUCGAUGCUGUGCCACCAUUCAUGGAGGACCACAGCCUAGGCAAGCCGCCUGCAUAUCACAGCCCUCGGGAUAUCUCCAUGUUACGGGUCAAGUAUAUCUAG